GCCAGCGCGUAACGCGUGCGCGCGUGUAUAACGUGUAUGUAACGUAUGUUAAUUUAUUCGCGGACAAACGUGUUCGAUAGGGAAGUGGCUACGAGAGAUCUCACGUUUCGUGGGCCAAUGAGGAUUCCUCGAGGCACGCCGCGUAUGUCUCGCGCACGUCACGUUGCGUGCGCCACGUUGCAGGUGCGUUUUUCCUUGCCCGACUGCGCGUACGCUUCUCAAAUACGCUCGCACGCGGAUGGGAUUCGCGCUGGGUGCGCGGUCACCGGAGUCCCUCAAAGAGGUCAUCUAAUCGGAGGAGAGGGCGGGAGCGUUGUCCCCGCGGCCUGUGAUCGAGGGGGCAGGGGAUCCUCUUUGAAAAAAUCUCCGCGACUUCGGCGUCACUUUCGUGGCGAUCGGGUCUGGACCGCUCGUCAACGAAUCCGAUGGAAUUCCUGGCAACUAGCGCGGACGGAGAGGGAGGAAUCUGAUAACGAUCCCCCGAGCAAUACAUUUAGAAACUUCGACCUAGGAGACACAAAUUGACACAAGUUAAUACGCUCGAGCACAGCUUGCCACUGUGAAAUGGCAAAGAUUUUAAGAAAAGGUUCUAUCGAAACACUCGAAGUGGAUGCGUUUUUCGGUCGAAAACACACCCCGACUCUUCUCCCGGGCAGAGUCGAAAAGUGUCGAUUGACUUUGAAUUAAAUUCUACAUGAAAAGCGGCACGUGUCGAUUUGUGUAAAAAAUGUCGAUUGUGUUCUCUAAAAGGAAAGCAAAAUGUUGCUACCGUAGCUAAAAACUGCAUGUGGCAACUAAACUUCGGUUGUAAAAUAUGGACAGCUGGUAUUUAGUUGUGGUAGCUAAAUAUUUGGCUACUGCGCCUAUUGUAGGUGCGACAGCAAACUAUGUUUUCUGUGGUUUAGAAAUU